AUGUAUGAAGGUGUGGGGGCGCUCAAGGCGUUGAUUCUGAAGUUGACUGAUACUCAACAAGUAGCUUUGCUUGACAGUAUCUUUGCAAGCUCCAGAGAUGAGACAGCGGAUGUUGAUCUGUCUGGUCCAGUGAACAGAAUAGUAUGGGUUUUGCUUGGAAUGUCCACGCUCGUGGUCAGUACCAGACUGGUAAUCAAGCUCCGGACAACUCGUCGACUCUAUCUUGAUGAUGGACUCAUGACUGUCGGCCUACUACUUGGUUGGGUCCAUGCUGCCUUUCUACAGGUCUCAUUCGACAAUGGCCUCGGCCGUCACGUUUAUUAUUUGGAGCCUGAUAAGAGAUAUCUUGCUCUCAAGUAUGGCUUCAUCUCUCUGGUCUGGAGCUAUCUCUGUCCUCUCUUUGGUCGCCUGUCCUUUUGUACCUUUCUUCUUUGUGUCGCCAAAACCGAUCCCCAAACCAAGAAAUGGCCCAUCUGGACUUUUAUUGUUCUUCAAAUCAUCGUCAAUGUACUGGCAUCUGUCCUUCUCCUAAGCACCUGCGGUACCCAUCUCGAAGACAUGUUUCUCCUUCGUCUUGGUGAUUACUUCACCUACUGCCUGGACAUCAGCGUUCAGACAAACUAUGCUUACUUUGCUGGUGCAUUCAACACCCUGACCGAUUUCUUCUUGACUGUUCAGCCUGCACUUUUGAUCAAACACACGAAACUGGCGACGGGAAACAAGAUCGGUGUUGCUUCCUUGCUCUGUCUGAGCAUCAUAGCCAUGGUUGCAGCCCUUGUGAGAACAGUCGCUGCGCACAAACUCAACGAUGUUGGCGACUAUACUUAUGAACUUACACCAUUCGUUACAUGGGUUUCUGUCGAACUCAACGUCGUGCUCACAGUCACAUCGCUACCACUCUUACGACCUCUUGCCCAGGAGGCCCGCCAAUUGUUCACGAAAACACGCGAGGCCAAAGAGCCUUGGGAUGACACGAUCUCGUUACGCAGCAUACACACCUCAGGACUCGACGACGAAGAAAGCAAGACAGGAGCUGGCGUAGGAGUGGUUGCUCUGGGCUCUCCACAGACACCCGAUGGCUUCGUCGCACAACAAGACAUGUCGCAGGUCAUCCGCACUGUCGAAGUGCAGAUCAGCUACGAGAAGAACGAGACGCCGAUGAUACAUGCGUGCUUGGUCGGUCUGGUUCAAGGACAAGCGAUGGAACGUUUGGCUGGUCGAUGA